AUGAGCGCCUCAGCUUCUGCUGCAAACGUCAAGGUGCCAUGGAAGAGCUUCGGUAGAAUGAAGGCAAGCUUGCAAGUUUCUGGCGUUACCCUUGUGCUGGAGCCGCUGGGGAGCGCCAAUUACGACGACAAGAUAGAGCGGGGGCUGCGAGACGCCAUUUUUGCAAAGAAGCAGGAGCUACUCGCAAAUGCAGAGGCGCAGUUGGCCGGAGUGGGGGCGAAGGCAGGGUGGGGGGCCAGAUUCGGGUCCUUCCUCGCGAGUUCGUUCAUGGCGCGCAUCGUGCGGAAGCUCUCCGUAACGGUGGAGAACGUGCACGUGGUGUGGUUGCAAGCGGAGCACGCCCAAACGUCCCCCGUCCAGUCCCCGCUGUCGGCGGAGACGUGCCCGGCGCCGAGCCCGAGCGCCGUCGGGGUGUACCUCGGCCGUUUGUCCGUCGCGCCGACCGUCGCAUCAGCGGUGGCGGCACCGGCGACCAGCUCCGCUGCUUCGCCCUCUCGCGGCGGCGGUAGCGGUAGCGACGACGGCGGUGGUGGUGUAGGUGGUGAGGGCGGCGGCGCCGCCGCCGCCGCCGCCGCCGCCGCCACUAGUCCGAGGGCGAGGCCAAGGAGCGGGGGCGUUCCGACUGCUCCGGAGACGGCGGGAGUAAGCAAGGACAUAGCGCUCGAUAACCUCGUGGCGUACACGAAGGAGAGCACCGCGGACUGGUUGGAAGACAUCCAGUCGGAACACGAUGACGACGACGGCCGCGGCAGCGAGCAAAGCUCCACCAGCGGCGUUCCGGGCCUGCGCCCAGCACCACCGUUCCACGUCGUGGCUUCCGAUGCCUGCGCGGAUGUUGCCGGUGCGUCGCCCGCAACGGGACCCGCGGGCGAUUCGUGGCCUGCCGCCCAGAACGGCGGCGGCGAGCACGGCACGAGAUGCAGAAGCGAUACCUCGCCGGUUUUCAUCCUCCGGCCGCUUAGAGCGCGCGGAGUGCUCGUGAUCCGAGACCGUGUCGUCGCGGCUGCCGCCGCCGCCGGCGAGAUGCCCGUGACGGUGCCCGUGCCCGAAGGCGUCGGAAGAACGGGGGCGGUCGACAGCGAGGAUGUUCCUACCGGCGGUAGAGGCGUUAACGGUGGCCGGGGGGGAGCAGUUGAUCCGCCGCCCCUCGUGUCCGUGUCGCUGGACGUGGAGGCGGUCGCGUUGCAGGUCGACGUCCGGCAGUACGCCGUGCUCAAUGCGGCGGUCAGCGCCCUGACGAUGUCGCACCGAAGGUUUAAGUUCCGGACGAUGCGGCCGACCACUUCGGUUUUGGACGACCCGGAGGCGUGGUGGCGGUACGCCAUCAGGUGCGUGAUGAUCGAGCAGCGGCGGGACGCUCACAGGGGUUCCGCGGGGCCAAGCCUCACCUGGCAGGGGCUCAUCUCUCGCGUGCGGCUGCUGUCCCGGUACAUGUCCGUCUACCGCCGCCUGCUGACCGUGGGGAUGCGCCCUCUCCACGCCACGACGGCCCGAGCAACGGCGGCGCCAGCACCGGUAACGACCGCCCGCAACACACCUCCUCGCUCUGCUCGCCGCGAGUCUAGCGACGAAGGGGUGGUGAUGCCACGAGGGGGGAAGAAGAUUCCCGCGACGGGGGGUUCUGGGUUGCGCGGGAGCUUGGACGGCGGGGGGAUGGGCUUGCCGGAGGAGUCGUUGCUGCUCGCGAGUGGGCCGUCCGCCGACGGCGAGGGCGCUUCGGUCAAGGCCAGCGGCGACGGCCAUGAGGGCGGCGAAGAGCACUGGGACACGAAUUGGGUUGGGGGAAGCUCGGCGGAGAUUCGCAAGCUCGCGGAGCAGAUUCGGACGCGGUUUGGCAGAGGGGCGUUGGUGCGGAAACAUCACAGCACCGCAGCUCAGAGAGAGUUACAGGUCUCCGAGGUGGAAAUGAGAGCGAUGUUGGCACUGGAGAUGGAGCUUUCCGUCGAGGAGAUCCUCGUUUACAGAGACGUGGCUAGGGCGCCCCCCGGCCAGGCCAUGAAAAACCCACCCGACAUGGGACGUCAAUCGGUCGGGUUGAACCGAUCAUCGUCUUCGCCGUCCCCCCCCAUGACAGGGGGGAUGCCAGGAGAUGAGGGCGGGUCUACCCCUGUCGCUGUCUCCGAGAUGGACAGAGUGGACUUUUCGGCCUGGACGGGGAUUAACGCGGCCGAGUUGGGGCAGGCGGCUAAUUUGUUUCAGCGUCACUGGGUGGAGGCUGAAUUGGCGGCGGAAGGUGAAGAAGACCCAGACACUCGAAAUCAGGUUUGGUUUUCUUGGCAAAUAGACGUCAAAGAGGCAAGCGUACAGUUGUCCCAGCCCCCGCCGCGAGGAGCUCGGAAGGAGAAGAUCGCGCCUGGCCCUUCCCCGUCCCCUGGGGGUGGGGCCCAUCCUGCUUUGCCGCCCCCCCCGGCGCGGCGAACCGACAGAGGAAGCGGCGAGGCGGUCGUGCUCCGGCUUGUGAUAUCCCGGGCGCGCGUUCGGAUGGGCAUCCGCACCGAGAAGGGCUUCGUGAUGAGCGGCUCGGUUCACGCGGUGGAAGCGACCGGGGUGGGUGGGAUCACUUGCUUGACGAUCAACCCGUCGGUUCUCUGGGGAGGGGGGAGCGGCGGGGACGGAGGCGGGAAAUCGAUCAACCACGGCGAAGCCCUGAACAUUUUCAUGGACGUGAAGAGGACGGACCGGAAGGCGAGUCUGGCCAGCGUGGCGGGUGAGGUGGAAAUGGAGGAGCAGGGGGACGGCGCGAAGCUGCUGAAGAGCAAGGCAAGGAUGUUUUCUGUGUAUUCGAUGAACCUCGAACUCGUGGCGCGUAUGGCCCACGUGGAGCUCACGGUCUCGCCCCCGCUGCUCUCAGCGUUAGCGGACUUCGCACAAUCGUCCAAGGUAUUGACACCAGGGUUGCUGCUACCGUCCAGGUCCCCCGAACUCGACAACCUCCGCGUUCUGGCCGCGGGCUGCCGCGCCUGCUCCACCAAGGGCCACGUGUCCGACGUCCUGCACGCUCGCGGCACGAAAGACGUGGACGUUCGCGCGGCGGGAUUCGCCAUCCGCUUCGAGCUUGAGCCGCCGCCGCCGCCGCUCUCCUCUGGAACUAGUGCUGUUCGACGCCAGUCUCCUAGCUGGCGCUCGGGGGUCGGGGGGUUGCCCAGCGGGGUCAGGGCGGAGGACAACACAGCGGGUCCGUUUGUGGCGGAAACCGCCAAUGCAGGGGGGGCUUCCGGAAGAAGGAGCCCCCACACGUGCUUGGAGCUGACGGUAGGGUGCUGCAUCUACCAGAAGGGGAGGUAUCUCCUUGGGCACGCCGAGGGCGGCGAGUCGACGAUAGUCUCGCCGCGCUUACCUCCUCUGACCUCUUCGUCAUCGUCGCGGGGUCCGCCUCCGCCGCCGCCGUCAUCUGCGCCUCAAGAGAAGACCGGCAAGGAGGUGGGUGGUGACAGCGGUGGCGACGACCGCGAAGAGGUUCUGAACCUCGGAAAGAGGCGAACUGCGGGCUAUGACAGCAGUGCUCCCGGCGGCGGCGGUGGCGGCCCGCAGCGCUUGUCUCCGCCCCAGACGCCGACCUCAGCAACCGAGCCGGUAGAUAGCGCAGGGCAGCCGGCGGCCCCGCACGAGGGCGCCAGGGCGACGCACUGGGGCGGCGGGCCGGGGCCGCGCCCGUGCGGGGGGGCCCUGGCCAUCGUGCAGUCGCUCCGGCUGCCCCUGUCGGACCCUCACUACUUUCGAGUUGCCGAUUUGUCCCUGUCUCUGGGCGUGACGGAGGAGGGGCCAGGCGAGGACGCCGGUGAGGAGGCGCCCGUGCAACGGCGGCGGCGGCGCACCCCGGUGGUACUUGGGGGACAAGAGAAUACCGACGAGGGGUGGACGGGCGAGCUGCUGGUGACGCGGUGCGCGGUGGUGGGAAACCCCAGGCAGCCCGGCACGCGCGCGGAUGCCAUGCUGUCUCGUAUCAGGGUGGAGGUGUCCAAGGAGGCCGUGGCGGCAAUCACACUGCUGACGCUGUCCCUCAAGCGCGCCGUGGCAGUGCCGCCGGCACCAUCGCCGCCAGCAUUCUCAAGGGGCCUCUCCACGGAGGGCAUGGAAGAUUGCAUCCCUGCUCCGCAGAUUUUGCCACCUCCUUGGGGAGUAGGGGCGCAACACAACGCCACCAGGCGGGGAAGAAGAAGAGGCGACCGAGCGGCGAGCCCCAGGAUCGUCGCCAGCUGCGCCACCUCCGCGACGACGAGGGUGGGCACGGGGGUCGCGAACAACUGGUCCGGCGCCGUCCCGCUGCCGCGGCUGGCGCUGCUCAGCGGGCUCACCACCCUUCGCCUGGACGUCUCGCUUGCCGGGGUGCAGGCGAGGGUGUUGUCGAGGGGGCUCCGCAACGACGACGACGUCGGCCCCAGCAGCAACAGCAGCAGCGACCACGGGCAACGCAAUAACGAUAGCGAGGGGGCCCACCCACAGGGGGUGGGGGUGACAGCACCGUCCUCGGCGAAGGAUUCGCGCCGCCACGGCGGUGCUCGGGCGGAGAGGGCUCGGCGGUGCGUCCGGCGGGUGGCUCGACAGCUCGUCGAGCGCGUGCACCCGGCGGCGGCGUCGACCGGGUACCGGCAAGCUUGCCGCCUGUUCCGGGACGAGAUGGGGGCGCUGGGGUACGACCAGGGCUCCCUGGACGGCGUCGUGGAGGCGCUCCUGGAGACGACCGCGAGGAUCCGGGAUCCGGCGGCGACGGCGGCGGCGGGGCACGAGGGGAGCGGCAAAGAGUCGGCGUUCUUGCAGUACCCGGCAUCGAUGCCGGGCCGGUCUGGACAAGCACAGCAGCAGCAGGAAACGACGAUGCCGGGAAGGGACACCGUCGAGGAGGCUGAUGCCCCGGGGGAGCCAGCCGACGUGAGGGAGUUGGUAGAGGCCGGGAUGGCCGUGCUUUCCGACGCGUCCGUCCCUGCGGAAGCAGGAAGAGGGAGCGGCGGCGACGGAGCCGUAGGCGAGGAGCCGGUCUUGCUGGACAUUGCGGCAGUCGAGGCGUCCGGACUCACGCUCGCGCUGACGCGUCUGACGUACGACACACGGCUUACCGCUACCGCCGAGGCUAUCAUCGUGCGCGACUCGGACGGCAUCCGCGUCCUCUCAGCCGGUAGAAUCGACCUCGGCGACGGCGGAGAGGACGGAAAACGCAGCGCAGGCAACGGCAACACGUCCAAGGGUUCUGGGGACGACGCUAGCACUGCUGCGGAAGGGGCGGCGAGCAACAAGAAGAGCAGCGUUCCCGCGAGGGUGUCCGUGUCACGUCUCAAGCGCCACCAGGCCCGAAGGGACCACGAGCGGGAUGCGAUGAGCGCGAGGGAGAGGAUCGAGGCAGCGGCGGCCACCCUGGCCGAGAAUCAGAAGAGAGAGACGAGCGCCCUGCUCAUCAGUUUCGUAGCGUGUGACAAACGACACAUUUUCGGCUCUGGCGGGGACUCUCCGAACGUCGUGGCCGCGGUCGGACGACUCGCGGCGUCGGCGUCCCGAGGGUCAGCCCCGCCGCCGGAACCCGGCCUGCUGGAGUGCCUUAGCCGGGACCGGGAGCGCCGAGCGUCGGUGUCGAUCGACCAGAUAUCAUUCGUGGCCGCUCCCAACGGUUUCUUGACGGCGGCAAGGGCGGCGACGUCCCUCGAAGCCGCGGCGGCGGAGGCGGCGGCGGCCUUGGCACGACCGGCGCAAGACGACGGCUUCGGGCCGCCCGGCAGCGAGAAACGUGUCGCGGCCGCUAGUAGUCGUCGCCCGUCCGCUCCGGUCGUGCUCCGGCCGUCGGUGAGCACCUCGGUGCACCUGCAGGUCCGCGAGUUCCGGUGUCUGCUUUCGCUAGAGAGCCGGCCGUUGGCGAGCCUGUCGAUGACGGGGCUAGUGUUCGAGGCCUCCCGCAGCGAGUGGUGGGACCUGGACGACAUCAAAGCCUGCAUCUUCCGCGACCUUGGGGAGACCAACGCCGCUGCUACUUCUCCCCGUCCCGGAGAAGAGUCCACGGGCGCGGCUGCUGCGGAGAGUAAAUCGAUGAUGCCCACGGCGGGGUGGCCCGGGUGGACCCGCGACGGCGGGCGGCACCGCACGGCCCUCGGCUACCUGCGAGCCAGCCUGCAGGGCCUCGAGCUGUUGGACCUUACGGCAGACGGCCAGCUCCACAACCAAGUCAUCUCCCACGAGGGGGCUGCCCCGGGCGCGACCGCGGCGUCUCACGCCACCGCCAAUGCUGCGGCCCCGCCAGCCGCAGCAGCAGCGCCAGGAGACCACAGGGCGUCGUCGUCUGCGAGCAGGGGCGUGCGAGCGCACGAGACGGCAGCGGCCGCAGCGGCGGCGGCGGCGGCCGCAGCGGCGGCCGCGGCAGCGGCUGCGGAACGGCUCCCGGUUAUUGUGGUGGAGCUCACUCCGGACACCUCCCGCGGGCGUGGGAGCGGCGGAGGAGGGAGGGAGAUAAUCGCCUCCGUGCGCGGGCUUCGCGUCUGCUUCCUGCACAGGUUCGUGGCGGAAGUCACCAAGUACUUCGGCCCGGACCGGCUGGGCCCGGUGUUUGCCGAGGCCCGGCGUUUCGGCGGUGGCGGUGGGGGUGGUGGGGGCGCCGUUGAUACUGCGGGGAGCGAAGCAGAGAAUGAAUCGGUUGCUGUGGUGAUGGGCGAGGACGACCAAGCGGUGCCGGACAAGUGGUCGGUGGUCGGCUCCGAAGAUGGGGGCGACGGGAAUUCGAGGGCAGAUCGGGGUGGCGGCGGUGCCGCGAGAGUCGGAACGCCAGUUUCAGACGGGGCUGAUGGUAGCGGUGGUGGUGGCAAGGCGGAAGCAGAGACGGGCGUGCGCGUUACGGCGGUGUUGCAGACUCUCACCGUUGUGAUUCCGCGGAGCACCCACUCGCGCGAGGCGGCGGCGGUGAAGUGCGAAGAACUCGUCCUCGAGGUGCGGAAAAAGCGCGGCACGUGGAGGCUCCCCGUCGACACGACCAACGUGGCGUCAAGACGGCUGGAGCGAGAGACUCGGCGCGGCCACCGAUCUCCGGGGCCUAAUCCCCCCGCCGCGGCGUCAUCGUCGCCCCACAGCGGCGGCGGCGCUAAUGGCGGCGAGGGCGACGCCUCUGCCGCCGACGCACCGCUGCCACCUGGUCUCGGAAGAGGGAAGCUGAGUGUGCGCCCUCCGCCGCCCAUCUUCAUCCCGCGCGUGUCGCCGUCGCUGCUGCCUUCUCGGCUGCUGCCACCGCAAGGGCUCGGCACGGGGACGUUGGCGGCGGCAUCCGCCGAGCCCCCGAGGCGGCGUCUGUCGGGGGACCUCCCCGGCCAGGUGGAGGAGUCGCUAGACGGGACGGGGCACCGCGGGAGCGUCGCGUCCGCGCGGCGAUCGAUCCUGAGCUUUGUGAGCGCGCGCUCGUUCCGUUCCGUCGGGGACGUUUCCGGGGAAAAUGACGGGUUCGACUUGUACCUACCGGAUGUGGACGAUGCGGCGACAGGGGAGGGGUCGGGGUCGACAUCGGGCACCGACUCUGACUUGGACGAGUUUUUCGACGCCGUGGCUGAGGUCGACGAAGCCAUCGCGACGGAUUCUGUCCCCGCCGAGGAACACCGUUACCCGUCCCCCCUGUGCUUCCAACAAGGGUUGGAUACGUCUGGCGCGGCUUCUCCUCCGUUGGGUGGCCAGCUGUUGGCCGAAGACGUGCGGACUCACAUCCCUCGAGCGUGGGCGGUAGACGACGACGAGGACUACGCGAGUGCGGAGAGACCGAACCGGGCACACGCGGAACACACCGGCGCUCGCGCCGCCGCCGCCGCCGCCGCCGCCGACACAGAGAGCGCUGCCAGCGGGUUCGCCGAUGGCGUCGGCUCUGGAGGAUCGUCCGCUACGGCAACGGCAACAGCCUCCGCCACAGAGAGAGAGCGCAACGCGUCCGUGCUGCGCAUCGCCCUUCACCUGAAGGGGGCACAGCUGCUGGUAGCUCUUGCCCCGCGUCUCGAUACCCCCACCACCGCAGCGGCGGCGGCGGCUGCCGCUGCUGGGGAGGCCGUCGAGGACGAGCUCCUCGACGAGGGGGCACAAAGCCAGGACGCCGAGGUGCUCCCGCGGGAUUGGCACAUGGUCAACGGGGCCCGCGUCUACCGGCGGAAGCACACGACGAUGACGCGCGAACGCUCGGGUGGAAGCGGUGGCGUGAACAGCCCGGGCUCUCGGCGAGACGACGAGGUUCGCCGCUCCCGUAGCGGGAGGAACACCGGGCCUAGGGCUGGAAGCUCGUACGCGAAUCUCAACACUAGCGGUGGCAGGGGUGGCGGGUUGCCGGUCCACGGUGAAAAGGGAUGGCGACCGCGCGACGGCGGCGGGUACGACAGGAGCGCGAGAGGUCCUCCCCGACAGGGGCCUAGACUUAACCGUGGCUCUAGCACGGAGUUGGGCGCGUCGGGCCACGGUGGUGAUCGCGAGGAGUUGUACUGCCCUGAGACAGGGGAGGGCCAGCAGCAGCUGCUACGUUGGCGAGAGAUUACCCAGCAGCCGUUCGACCUCAUGCUGCUGGUGGACACCGGCAAGGAGCUCGGGCACUCUCGGAUUCUGCUGACCAUGCCGGAGUACGGCGUGGAGGAAGAGGACAGGGCGCGCGGCGAGGGGAGGAAGCCCGGGGGGCUGUACAUCUGCCCGACGAUGGCGGAGUACUACCUGCUGCUGAGUGUCUACUUCGACAACUACUGCGAGUUGGACUGCUUCUACGGUCCGCCAGGGCCCGGAGAGUCUCCGGGGGGCCCCGCGGCGCCCGUGGCGGAAGACUGGCCCCCGUACGGUACCCCUGCCAUGGUGCAGAGGGUCUUGACCCGCCCGGAAAAGUGGAACUUUUCCAUCAGCAUCCCGCUGCUCGAGGCAUCUCUUUCGAUGGACACGAGGUGCGACUAG